CACCCAGCCCGGCUUCCCUCCGUCGUCAUGGACAGGGUACCCUUCUGCUGCCUGCUCUUCAUAGGACUCCUGAAUCCACUCCUGUCCCUUCCCGUCACGGACGCUGGUGAAAGGUCUCCUCAGCUGCCAGGGCUUGAGGAAGAUGCUCUUCAGGCUCUGGAGGAGCUGGAGAGGACGGCCCUCCUGCAGACACUGCGCCAGGCCAUGGGCACGGACGCAGGGGAAAGCCUUGGGGAAGCAGGUCCCAGUGCUGAGACUCCCACUCCAAGGGGAAGCCUGAGGAAGGCUUUCGCUGGGCAAGAUGCUAACACUCUACUGAAUCGUCUUUUGGCAAGAACCAGGAAACAACAUAAGCAACACGGGGCUGCUCCAGAAUGCUUCUGGAAAUACUGCAUUUGAGGAGACACAAGCAUCCGUUGGUCUCCUCAGAACCACUACUUCAGGAAACUAAAAUCAUGCUAACAACGCCUUUUUCAUUAUGAGAAAUAAAUCCUCUAUGUUUCUCA